CGAUGGAUGAAUGUAUGGUGAUGGCGGUCGAUCGCCACUUCAAUGCAUGAAAGCGGUCAAACACCGAAAGGAGUGCCCACCGGAUUAUUGGACCUUGAGAGUAUAGGGCCCCACCCACACCACAUUUCUGCCCAUGGUACUCGAGAGUCAAUCACAGAACGUCCGCCAUGUCCAAUGUCCAGAAGGCACCACUCCUUCCUGGCUUCGUCAAGGCACAUGGAGAGAUUGGCAAUGCCGGUCCAUCCUCUGGCCACCCUCGUCCGCUUCAACGCGCGCACUCAUGGCCAGAAGAGGGCAUCGCAGAACGGUCCAUCGCACUGAAACUCCACGGACCACUCAGCAGUGCGACAUCGACACAACCACUGCUUUUGCAGUCCCGACCGCAUGCAGUACCUGCGUUCCCGACUCGGGAUCCGUGCGACGAUGCAGACGAGCGAGCGUACGGACCGAGUGUCGCACUGAGAUGGAAUGUGAAACUCGCGGCUUCAUCAAGUGGCUCUCGCCAAUCUACAUGA